AUGUCAUGCAAGGAAAAAGCAGUGCAGACCGAAUGGAUCUUAAAUAAGAUCGAUUUUGGCAAAAUAACGACAUCGGCGCGGGAAACUGUUCUUAACCAUUUUGCUCGUACUCAUUUUUCAAAAUUUGUGGACAGUCUAAAGGAUUCCUCCAUGCAAUCCCAAGUAGACGAAAAUAGCAUAUGUAAAAUUGGAGCAACAAUAGAAGAAUGGAAUUACUGGAGAACAGGAGAAUUCGAGUGGAAACCCAUAAAUGGAACAGAGGGAAACAUUGAGAACCAGAUGAAAGAGGAAGAGGGGAAGGAGGGGAUAAGCAAACUCAAAAAACCGAAGAUAAAGGAGAAUGACAAGCGUAAAAACAAAGGAAAAAUCAAUGCAAAGGAUUUAGACUCUUUGAGGGGCAUGAACUGGCUGAAUGACGAAAUUAUUAAUCAGUAUUUCGAAUUAAUCAGCGAAACGUAUGAGGGGGUGUAUCCCUUCAAUUCCUUUUUCUUCCCACGCCUCCACAUCGGUGGUUAUAACGCAAUCAAAAGAUGGACCAGGAAGAUCGACAUUUUUAAAUACGCUCUGAUUAUGGUACCCAUACACCCGGGGAAUCAUUGGUGUGUCAUCACGAUCAGCCCACCUACAGAAACGGUGACUUAUUUCGAUAGUUUUCAAGGUAAAAACUCGCAAUAUCUAAAAACGGUCAUGGGAUUUAUCAUGGAGGAAACGCGUGAAAAGAAGGGGGUGACGAUAAAAAUGGGGAGCUGGACCCUGACAAUGAGAAAAGACACUCCGAAACAACUCAAUGGUUAUGACUGUGGGGUCUUUGCUUGUCUCUUCACAAGAUACGAAGCUGCAAGAUUGGAAAUCGAUUUUACACAAAGAAACAUACCACAAAUUCGCGAGAAAAUGAUUCGGGAGUUACAGAUAAAUAAAUUGAUCCAGUAA